CCAGCUUCGACGCGACGGCGCCCCGUGUUGUAGCUCAACACAGCCUGUGGGCAGCCUACGUGUUUGUUGUGGGCAGCUUCAAGCACACGAGUUUCACGGGUACUGCUGGGGCAGCCGACCAAACCCAAGGCAAAAUCGACAGCACAAGGCAAAGGCGCGUCGCCCCACACAGAUGGACCGCGGAGAUCGCCUCGCGCGAGAAAUGCAGGAGAGAGUGAAUGAUGGCCGGCUGAGGGAGCUGGAGGGCCUGCGGCAUCGCCUGAACAGAAUCGCGGACGACGACGACGACUACUACAGCGACGAGAAGAUGAAGGAACGAUUCCGGCAGGAGCCGCCGGACGAAUUCGUCUGCGGCGUGGCGCUCCCGAAGACCAAUGGCGUGAGAUGGUGGACGCCGGCGGGCUGCCCGCCCUGGAUCGAGCUGCUUUUCAUGGGCGUGCAGUGGUUCCAGACGAUCUCGAUCUUCGCGUACCCCGUGUUUUUGUAUCGGUCGUUCGGCUUGGUUCCCUUAUUACUGAGGAUCUGGCUGAUCGUGCCCCUGGGCCAGCACCUCGAGUAUUCGUUCAUGGACAGCGGCGCGAACAAGGGCACGGCCUUCGGCACGGUCCAAUGUUUGUACGUCGCGUCCUACCUCUUCGCGGCGACCGUAGAUAGGGACGACUGGCCCGUGCUGGGGUACUGUAUGCUCUUCGUGAUGUACCUGUGGGCCGUCGGCUUCGGGACGUGUUUACUGGAAGCGUCGAUCGGCCGGUCGCUCUGGGCCGCCUGCGCCGUCUACACGCAGCUCCUGUGCUCGGUCGUGCGCCGCGUGCGCGACAGGACGUGGCCGGACCCGCGCGGUAUGUGGGCGGCCCUGACGGGGCGCUACGCGCUGCUGGCGAUCGUCCUGUUUGCGACCUGGGUAGGGAUGGGAAUGCUGGGGCACGCGCUGGAAGCGCGCGAAAAGGAGAAAAAGUCGCGCUGGGACAGAGAUGAGCAAGGGCGCGAGCUGCGGCGGCGCCUCGCGCAGCUCCUCGGCGUGACAGAGGAAGAUUUGGAUGACAUCGCAAAACCGGGCGACGGGGCGAGCGGUGAGGUCGUCGCCAAGCGCCUCGGCGAGCGGCUGCGGAUGGGCAACGAGGACCGAAGGGCGCGACGCGACGCGGAGCAGCGGGUCAAGGACGCGGCCCGCGAGGUUCAGAAAGAGCUCAUGAAAUUGAACGCCUUCGCCGCGACGGCCCGGCGGGAAGCGAGCGAGGCUCGACAGGAAGCGAAGGACCGCACGACCGUCGAGCUUGGGGGAAGACGAUUCGCCGUCGAUGACGCCGAGGGCCUCAAAGCGUGUCUGCGGAACAACGCCGAGGUCUUCGAAGCGAGCGAGGCUAAGGCCGCGGCCGCGGCGAACGUACCGCAGGAGGUCCGAGACGCGAGGGAGCGGCGGCUGGGCAGGGAGUUGGCAGCGCACUUGUUUCGGGCGGACCCGGACGCCAUGCGGCGGCUGCGGCGGCGGCACGACGACGACGAGCCCACGGACACCGAGCCCAAACCAAGGGUGGCGCCGGGCGCCGUGCCAGUCACAACCGUGCGCGGCCCCGACGGAAGCAUGCGCGUGCAAGGCGCCCGGGUGCUUUAUCACAACGCAAACAACGAUGAGAGCUCCAGCGAGUCGGAGUCGGAGGAGACCGCGUCCGACGACUCCUCGGACGACGACGAGCAGCUGCACCCCUAUGGCGCCAAGCCGGACUUGGGCGCAGCGCUCGCCGCGCUGAAGGACGACUAUAAAGACGGGGACAUCAUCCGACCCUGGGACCCGGACUAAUAAGGGAUGUGUAAC